AUGGGGGUGACUUCUGUGCUUCUCUGCCAGAGGUGUAACCCCUGGCAGGGGCUUCUGCUCACAGCCUCCCUUUUAACCUGUUGGCACCUGUCUACCACUUCCAAAGUCACCAUUGAAUUAGUGCCACCACAAGUGGUUGAAGGGGAAGAUGUUCUUUUCCUUGUUCAUAAUCUGCCAGAGAAUCUUACAGCCUUUGCUUGGUUUAAAGGCAGGACAAAUAUGAAACGAGGAAUUGCACUGUAUGCAUUGGCCUCUAACAUACAUGUACACAGUGAUAGAGAGACACUGUAUAGCAAUGGAUCCCUGAUAAUCCACAAUAUCACCCAGAAGGACAGAGAUUAUUAUACCCUACGAACCUUCAAUGGACAUUUAAAGGCUGUAUCAACAACAACCACAUUCCUCCAUGUGAACCUCUUCCUUUGGAACUGCGGGCGCUUUGUUACCUCUGCCCAGCCCAGUAUUGAAUCCAUGCCCUCCAUCAUUACUGAAGGGCAACAUGUUCUUCUACAUGUUCACAAUCUCCCAGAGAAUCUUCAAGGAUUUUUGUGGUUCAAAGGGAUGACUGUGUUCAGGCACUUUGAGAUUGGCCGAUACAUAAUAGGCAGGAAGUCAGCUGUGUUUGGUCCUGCAUACAGUGGUAGAGAGAAACUGGACAGUGAUGGAUCCCUGCUGAUUAAAAAUGUCACUCAGAACGAUGCCGGAUUGUACACCCUACGAGUACUGGGUACAGAUAUGAAGAGUGAAGAAGCACAUGUAGAAAUCCAAGUUAACAACCCCCAUUUUCAGUGCUGUGACUCUACCACCUCUUCCAAACUCAUGAUUGAAGCAGUGCCCCGAUAUGCUGCUGAAGGGACAAGUGUUCUUCUCCUUGUUCAUAAUCUGCCAGAAGAGCUGAUAUCCUUUACCUGGUACAACUCGAUGUACAGGGUCCCAGCCUUUAAAAUUGUAGACUACCAUGUAAUCUGGAAUAUCACCACCUGGGUGAAUGAAUAUGGCAGAAGAGGGAUGGUGUAUGCUAAUGGAUCCCUGCUGCUCCAGAACAUUGUAGAGAAAGAUGCAAGAAUGUACACACUAGAAACUUUAAAUGUAAACUACACAGUUGAAAGAGCACACGUGCAGUUUUAUGUAAACAAGGCUGUGACACAACCCUUUGUGCAAAUCACUGACACCACAGUCAAUGCACACAGAUCUGUGACCUUCACUUGUGUUACACCUGACAUGGCAAUCUCUAUCCUUUGGUUCUUCAAUAGCCACACUCUGCAGCCUACAGAAAGGAUGACACUGUCCUCAACAAAGUGUGGACUCCGAAUAGAUGAUGUCAGAAGUGAAGAUGCUGGAGAGUACCAGUGUGUGGUCACCAACCGAGCCGGUGAUGCAAAGGCCAGUCACCCAGUCUGGUGGCCAUGA